CUCGAAGACCGUAUACCAGUGACCGUAGACCGUAGACUGUGUACCGUGACAGAGACAAGAGUUUGCUCAAAAAAUCGACGCUACGACAGUCGGUACCGGCAGCUCGGCGGCAGCGCAGCGCAGCGGCCACAGCGAGUCACAUUCGUCGCCGAUCUGACGAUCCAAACAAAACGCCAGCGUCGCUCCAGAGCGCUUCAUAGACAUCGAGCAGCGUGCGGACAGAGCGGUUCGUUGGUUGGAUCGCUGCCUGGUUCAUGGGUUGCGAGGCUAGGCGGCUAGGAGAGCGACGACUACGACUUCCCACCGCGAGUGACUGACAGCCAAACGCUCGUGUCUAAACUGACGGACAGCUGGUCUGGGCCAUAACGUUAAUUUAUUUAAUUCCGCUACUCCGAAAAUCUCGCGCGCGAAAUCAGAAGAGCGAGGCUGCCACAAAGGAGAAGAAAAUCGUCUAUGAACUCGACUCUGGAAAAUCGUGCGCAGGUUUUUCGAAAGCAACAUUCGCCUUGAUAAAUGUUCGGAAAUAAAUAAAUGCGCCAUUUGUGAGAGAGCCGAAAAUACACCAAAAGUGAAUGAACGAGUGCAAAAAUUUGAUUAAUCUAUUCCGAAACAGAAACAAAUUACCACCCAAAAAAAAGAGAUCAGCUUGAACCCGAGCCCAGGCGAUAAGAACGCUUCUAAUAAAUAAAAAAAAACCAAAAAUAAAUGAAUUCAAGUGAGGCAAAGCUACUCCGAAUCGACUCCGAAAGUGCACUAUCCACCAUGCGAACGUUUAAGCGAGGCUUCUUCUGCUCGGACCUGACCAUCCGCUAUCCCUACCACGAGUGCACCAUCUCGGUGCUGAUGCUGCUGGUGCUGCAGCUGCUCCUGCCGAUGCUCCUCAUCAGCGUGGUGGAGAUCAUGCGGAUCUGCAAGCGCUUCCGCAUGCGGCUCUACCUGCGCAACCUGUGGCGCUCCCAGGCCACGUUCAGCUUCGGCUUCAUCGCCACCUUCCUGACCACGGAGCUGGCCAAGCAUGUGGUGGGGCGGCUGCGGCCCCACUUCUACCAGGCCUGCCAGCCGCGCCUGAACGACGGCACCAGCUGCUCGGACCCCCAGAACGCCGACCUGUACGUGGAGCAGUUCUACUGCUCCAAUCGCAACAUCUCGGCCCGCCAAAUCCGCGAGCUGCACGUGAGCUUCCCGAGCGCCCACAGCAGUCUCAGCUUCUACUCCAUGUGCCUGCUGGCCUUCUACGUGCACAGUGUGUGGCAGGGACGGGGCAGCAUUCGAGUGCUGCGACACAUUCUCCAGUUCCUCCUACUAAUGGCCGCCCUGUGUGUCUCGCUCAGCCGCGUGGCCGACUACUGGCACCACUGGUCCGACGUUCUGGCCGGCGCCGUCCUGGGCGUUGUCUAUGCCGCGAUCACCGCCAUCUAUGUGGGCGACAUGCUGCGGCCCCAGCGGCCCCGCACUGGGGUGCCCUGCCCCACCGCCCUCGGGUACAGCAGCGGCUGCCACCACCAUCACCUCCACCAGUUGAUGGCCGAGAAUAAUAAUUCAACCACAUCCACCAAGGUGCACUUUCUGGCCGCGGCCCCCUCUGCCACGAUGACAACCACCACGCCGCUGGACGACAUCCACAAUUCAAAUUCGAAUUCAAAUUCCAAUUCCAAUUCCGAUACCGAUGACGAUGAGGAUGACGAUGAUGUCUAUAAGCCGCCCACAUCGCGGACAUCGACAACGCCGUCACCCUCUGCACUCGACUUGCCAAAUGUCGUCUAAGCCGACGGGCCGGCUGGAAAUCCAGAAGGAGAGAGAGAGAGCUAGAGAGCUAGAGAGAUCUAGAGCUGGAAAGCUGGCGAGCCGAUGUGAUUAGGCUUAUCGUCUCGCAUUGGGCCUGCCGGCUGCUAUUUCGACUAUUUUUCCAUUUAGAAAUCGAAGUAAACAGAAAUAUGUGAUAAGCGCGCGGCGCACUCUUUACCUGAUAUGGCACCUGCCCCGCACCCCGCACAACGCACAACGCACACCGCACCCCUCUGGGCGAUUUACGAAAUCCGAGGCGACAAAUUGUGCAACGAGCAAUGCAUCAAUUUGGUCCGGCAGCGGCCGCACAGUGGGACAAGCAAACAUAGAACUACGACAGUGAAGCACUCGAACCGUGAGCCUUCAACAUGGAACAUUGAACAUCUGUUAUCCUAUCCCUGUUUCCUGGCCCGAGAGCGGCCAUAGAUCGCCCGUUAGGAGCGGGUCCGGGCAGCCGCACAGUGGAACAACGCGAGCACCUGGGAUAUCGUUUGAUUGAUCGACUGUGUACCCGAACGCCAAGUGUCAAAUCGCUUAAAAAUAUCUAAGCACCUGCGUUUAUCUACUCGUCCAUGGAUAGGACUCGACAGCACUGUGGGGACAGCCCCACAUCCAUGGGGAACCAGCAAAGACCCGAAUAUCGAAUCGCUUUUUAAGAUAUCUGAGCAUUUCGGAAGCACUUUCGUUUAUCUACUGUCUGUCCCAUGGUCGCCGGCUGAUACCACUCGGCCGUUAAGAGUAAGAUCAAGCCGCUUUAUAUCUUGGCGGUGGCUACUGGAACUCCGACACCACCACCACCACCACCACCACCACCACCACCCGCUCCCGUACCCCUUCUUCAACUUGUUUUUUUUUUCCUUUUUUUUUUUGUAAACAAUGCCGCAGUCACGUCGCAGUUGCAGUCGCUGCCGCUGCUUCGGCUACCGCAAUUGCUGCUGCUGUUGUUGCCGCUUUUGAAGUGGGCAGACCGCCAACGUGGAGCUUGCCCCAAUCAGCUGCGACAAUCUCUUGGCAGCGACGUCGACCGCACUGCCAGCGGUGGCUGGCCGCUCUGGCAGCUCUGGCAGCUCUUGCCGCUCUGGCCUGCUCGGCUGCAUAGUUUCCAGUCCGAUAAUGCAUUAUAAAUAAUGUUUAAAAAGAAAUCACCACAAAAAUAAAUAAAAGUAUCGGAUGAAUGCGUGGCGCAAGAUUUAUGAGAAAAUCAA